GAGAGAGGUGCAGGUGUGAUACCUUAACCAACCUUCCUACUUCCGCCUUCCCUUCCCAGCGGCUUCAGUCGCGGUAUUCCGUUUUAAACAUCUUCCCCACUUCCCUGUGGCCGGAGAGAUAGCUCCUCCGGCCCUACUGCCGACACAAUGGCUGAAAGCUCCUUCCCCGGUGCUAAUCCUCACCUUAAGGUGGGCACAAAAGACGAUAAAACUUCAGCAUUCCAAAAGAUCUCAGAGGACGAGGAGUGGGAGGUGACGUCACCAACUGACCCGACCUUUCGGUCUGCAAACUCAGCGGCAGCUUCAUCCUCCGCUGAGAACAACCUCUUCGGAGGCAGUGCAUUUCAAGAUCAACAACAAGGCGGAGGAAUACGUUUUCGCCGGAGCCCUUUCGGCGACGCUUCGGGAGAUGGAGAUGAAGACCAUGAUGACUUCAACGAACAUCCCGAAGGAGCCCGUCCGACCGGCGCCUUGAACGAGGGAUUCCCGAAUAACUAUGCAUUGGGUCGUCGGACGUCCGUCUCUGCUGAAUCCUUGAACCCCACCUCGGCUGGCUCAGAUAGCUGGGUGCCUCCACACCAUCCGAAGAGUGAAGAUCAAGUCUCGCGAUUGAAGACGGCCGUUAGUGGCAACUUUCUAUUCUCCCAUCUUGAUGACGACCAGUUCAAGACCGUGGUUGAUGCUCUAGUUGAGAAGCCCAUUCCCGCCAAGGACAUUAAAGUGAUCUCGCAAGGCGAUGCGGGUGAUUACUUCUACAUUGUGGAAGAUGGUCACUUCGACGUCUACAUUCACCCGUCCGGCUCGGUGCAGUCGGGUCCGGAUGGGAUGGGGACUAAGGCUGGUACGAUCGGACCCGGAGGUUCGUUUGGAGAACUAGCUCUUAUGUACAAUGCACCUCGAGCUGCAACGAUUGUGUCCACGGACUCGAAGAGCACUCUCUGGGCUUUGGAUCGGAUCACAUUCCGAAGAAUUCUCAUGGACUCUGCGUUCCAGCGACGUCGCAUGUACGAGGCCUUUUUGGAAGAGGUUCCGCUGCUCUCGAGCCUAAAGCCUUACGAGCGUUCCAAGAUUGCCGAUGCUCUAGACGCAAUUAAGUACUCAGCCGGCUCUACAAUCAUCAAGGAGGGUGACCCCGGCGAUGCAUUCUACCUUCUCGAGUCGGGAGAGGCGGAGGCUUUCAUGGAAGGGGUGGACAGACCGGUGAAGUCCUAUAAGCGGGGCGAUUUCUUCGGAGAGCUCGCCCUGCUGGCCGACCAGCCCCGAGCCGCCAGCGUAGUUGCGAAGACCGACGUCAAAGUGGCAAAGCUCGGUCGAGAUGGAUUCAAGCGGUUAUUAGGGCCCGUGGAGGAGAUUAUGAGAAGAGCGGAGUAUGAACCGAAGCCUGCCGCUUCGUAGCAGGAUCUAUUUAGUCUCUGCAGAUACUGGAGUGAACAGUUCGCUUCUUUUAUGUGCGAUUAUCAGUGUCAUUUUUCUUUUCCAUCAU